UCUCCGCCUCUCUCUCUCUUGGUUCAUUUGGGAAAGAGGAAGUCUGGGAGCGUUUCCAUUUCCUCAUGCCGCCGGUGUUUCCCCCUCCGCUUUUCCCUCCUCCCGUCCAAUCAGGUGCAAGCGGGGCGGAGCGCGAGCAGAUUUAAGCGGAGAAUGCCCAAACGCAGAUUACAACCAGGAUUUAUCACAGAGAUUAAACCAUCUGCUUGAGUAAAAGUCUGCAAAAGAACAUGAAACUAGCGCAGAUCUUCAUCCUGGCGCUGUGCGCCGCGUCCGUGACGAUGCAUCGCUGCUAUAAUGAGGCCGAAGUGGAGAAGGCGGCGCUGAAGAAGCUGAAGAAGUUCCCACGUCCCCCGGACAUGACGCCCUCCCCCAACUUUUCCCCCGGCUGCCCGCUGGAGCUCUUCAAGAAGCCCGCCUUGGAGCACUUGGAGGAUCGCUCCCUGUCUCCCUGGAAAUACAAGAUAGUACGCAACACUGAGUUUUACCCCCAAACGUACACCGAGGCCGUCUGCCUGUGCAAGGGCUGCAUCAUGUCCAGAAACGGGACGGUGAAAGACAUCCAGGACUACAACUCAGCUCCGGUGAUCGGCUCCUGGGUGUUCAUGAAGAGGGAAAAAUGUAAGAAAGGCGGGUACAAGCUGAAGCCGGAGAGACGGGAUGUGAUUAUGGGGUGCACCUGCGUAAGGCCGUCCUCGUCACGCUGACCCCCAAUCCCAGCAACUCCUGCGGACUUGGAUCUCAAGGCAGCACCACCUCUACGAGGUUCUGAGGACAUAUUUAUUAUCUAUUUAUUUAUCCAAGCUAUGAUGGGUUGGUCUCUCUUAAAACUAGUGUGAAGCUCUGCAUAGUGCAGCUAAUGGAGGGUAUUAAAUACCCGAUUCUACAACUGAUGAUGUUUCAUCAAAAAAAAAGCUAUUGUGUACUUUUGUUAUAAUAAUAAUAUUUGUUGGAAUUAUUUAUAUUAUUUGUUUGCAUUGAUUUUCAUCAUGAGACUGGUGUUUUUUUUUACUGUAGAUGUUUUGUCCCAGUGGGACUUCACAGUUCAGCUUCG